AACAACGUCAAAAGUUGUCAAAACUUGGGGAGGAGGAGAAAUUUAGUUUUUCGUUUUAUUCGACGCGAAAAUAAAAGACACAAUGGUCGAAUGAAAAUAAAAUACGUGGGUUUCAGUGAACUGCUGAGAUAAAUUGUGUUGAAGAAUCUGUGAAACAAAUAUAAUCCAUAGGAGGUACCAGGAUGACAGCAUGGGAGUGGAGCUCUCUCCCGCUGCUGCCGCUGAAGUGUGUGCUGGACUUCCUCAGCAUCAGCGAUGUGCUGGCCGCCACCGCCGCCUGUCGAAACUGGCGAUAUGCGUUGGCAUUGUAUGAGGGCAAGAGAGAGACCCUGAAACUGACUGCCAAAGAUGUCCCCAAGAGCUUAUUCCUGAGUAGACUGUUCAAGGACAACGCGUCGAGACUGGAGAUCUACGUCGACUGUAGUGGGGACGAUCUUGACAACUUCUUCCAGAUUGUGCUGCCAAUAUUCUACGAGCCCAGUCGUCUUACAGAGAUAGUGUUCGUGGCUCGAGCCUUCAUGAACGAACAGAAAGCAACCACUUUGAGGCUUCAGAGGCCAAUAACGGAGAACCUGAUCCACGCUCACCGCAACACGUUGCAAUCUCUAGCGUUAUUCGGAUGCGAGAUGUCUUCACUGAAGGAUGAUAAUAUCGACGGCAAAGAGCUGAGUCCGUGUUCGGAUCAGUACUUCGAGGCGGCGCCGAGCCUGCUGCCCCCGCAGUACAGUCUGCGGCCGCUCGCCUUCUCUUCUAUACGGCACCUAACCGUAGACAUAACCACCCUAGACGGCGCGGCUCUCGACGCCAUCUCGUCACUGCGCAUGCGUCGCCUCAGCGUGUGCGUGUCGGGGCUGUGUCGUGUCGGCGCUGUGCCGUGGCGGGAGUGGCGCCCGCCGGAGAUGGACGUCACUAUUAUCAACGUAUCGACGGAUUUGUUCCCCGAAAUAAUGGAGAACAUCCUAACAGAUGACAUCCCCGUGGUGGCCUUCCGAGUCAUGUUCUGCAAAGUUCUAUACGAGCCGAUAAUAAAGCACGUGGCCAACAACUACCACUCCAUCCUACGUGAGUUUCAGUAUGUGGACGCGCCCCACUGCGGCCCGCGCCCAGCCGAGGUCGUCAUGGACCCUGAAACGGUACUGAGCUGUAGCGUAUAG